UAUAAGGUACCUUUUCUCGCAUCUGAAAUUUGAGCCAUUGAUUGUCAUGAUGCUAACAAACUAGUAGCUGUUGAGCUGUCAGAAUACAUGCUUUCCUGGGAGAAGUUUGUGUUUAAGCAGAGAUGGUCUUUAAUUUCAGGUCUUUAGGUUGGGAUGGAGGAUGGAGAGGUUUCCUAUGGCUGAGGUGGACCACUGUAGAGAGACCUUAUAUUGGCCAUUGUGACUAAGUACCUGAAAGACAUAACCAAAAGAGAAACCAGGUCAUCAUGGCAGGGAGGUCAUGGUGGUUCAGAUCACUUCAUAGCCUGGUGAGACAGGAAACAGAGGAAAGAGAAUGCAGGAAGUAGCCAGGGCAAGAUAGAGCCCUAUGGACAUGCUCCUAGUGACCUACUUCCUGCAGCUAGGCCUCACCUCCUAUGUGUAACUACCUCCCAAUAGCACCUUUGGAUUCUGACCUGAUCAGGUCAACUGUGUUAUGAGUCUGUCAUAGUACUUAUCUGUUGGUUAGCUCAGAGCCCCCAUGAUCUAACUGUCCCUAGGAAUGCCCAAGCUGACACACCUGCUUUCUAAAUGUCAUUAAUUCUAUGGUGGUUUCUUAAUUCAGCAAAAUUGACAAUUUAACAGCAACAGACUUCUCCCAUGCUUGCGAUCUUUCCAGGUAAGAGAAGUGGAGCACAAUAGGAGCAGGUCCCCAGAAAGGGGAGCAGUUUGAUGGGACCCUCUCUUGUUCGGUCCAUGCACUGAGACAAGUGCCUGUCUUCACUACUGUAAGGCAAAACCUCAGUGUUGAGAGAGCAGAGCUAGAGCUCCUGUUUUUAGCUCUUAGACUCAGAAAGCCAUGUGUUCUUACUAUUCAAUAUCUGCAUAAAUGAAGUGAGAGUUUGUGAUAGAAAGCUCAGGCCAUUUAUAAAGGGCAGCAUCGGGUCAAUGAGUGUGAUAAAAAAUCAUCUCAGGGCAGACACUUUAACCUGUGGUAUAGUUGUUCCCUAAGUAUUCAGAACAUAAAUGGCAGCUAGACGUUACAUAGGUUUCAUUAGUUCAUUCAAAUACAUAGUGUGCCCAGAGUCAGAGAGCACACCAACUGAAUCUCCAAUGUAAUCAUCUGAAUUUUCAUUGCUUUAUUAUUAUUUAUUAAUAACAUAAACUUGAUUUUGGCGGCUGGUCUUGGUUGGGGGCUGUCCCGCACCUAAGGCAGGAAGAUGGUGGCCUCAAAGAAGACGAAAAAGUCUCUGGAGUCAAUCAACUCUAGGCUCCAACUUGUUAUGAAAAGUGGAAAGUACGUGCUGGGGUACAAACAGACUCUGCAGAUGAUCAGACAGGGCAAAGCGAAAUUGGUUAUCCUCGCCAACAACUGUCCAGCUUUGAGGAAAUCUGAAGUAGAAUACUAUGCCAUGUUGGCUAACACUGGUGUUCAUCACUACAGUGGCAAUAACACUGAAUUGGGCACAGCAUGUGGAAAAUACUACAGAGUAUGCACACUGGCUGUCAUUGACCCAGGUGAUUCUGGUAUUAUUAGAAGCAUGCCAAAACAGACUGAUGAAAAGUAAACCAGGAAAGUUUCUUUAAUAAAACUUUACCAGAUCUCCUUUAAAAAAAAAAUAACAUAAACUUAAUGUAAAUGCCGGUUCUGCUACUAAGGACUUGUGUCACUUGGCAGUUAUUCAUCUUCCGAUCUAGAAGACUGUUUAAGAAUUAGAUAAGACAAAUGGGGCUAUGUGUCAGAGGUGACAAUGGGCAGUAGUAGUUCAAAGAGGAAAUGAACUCUUCUAAGAGUUCAUCUCUUGUUUCCCACAGUCUCUCUUAGGGCCACUACAUCCCUACCAGUGAUAGCACAUCUCUUCUCUCAGAGAUGGGUUUAGAAAUGGGCAGGUAGUUUAUACAUUUUGUCAGCCUGACAGUUUCAUUUAGAUCCUUAGCACGUUUGAAGAUAUGGAUCUGUUAUUGAGAUAGGGUCUCCCUCGGUAAUAUAAAUUGUCUAUGUAGUAGAGGCUGGCCUCAAACAUUAAUCCACCUGCCUCAGCUCUAACUCCCAAGUGCUAGAGUUGUAGGUGUUCAACACCAUGCCCAGCUAAAGAUGAAUCAAAAAAUUAAGGAAAGCAUACAGAAUUUAUCAUCCUAGAGAUUAAUGUGUUAGAGGAAAUGAACGUCAGCUCUUUCUCAGUUGGAAAGUACAGGAAGUAUUCUCAAUCACCUCCAACAGCACAGCUCUGCCUGGACCCAUAGGAUUAGGAAUCAGCUUAGAAAUGUCAUUUCUCCACUGCAGCUCCUUUAUAGAUAAGUUCUUCCUAUGUAUGGGCUUUGCUUGUAGAACAAGUUGUAUAGAUUGGUGACAUGGGUCUUACAUAUGUAUAAUUAAUAUAAAAAUUAUUCCUUUCUAGCAAUUAUGUGCUUAGUUGAACACUGCAUGGUUUUAUGCAAUGUGUUUUUUUAAGAUUAUCUCUUAAUUUUUUUAUUUAAAACAAAAAUUUUAUUCAUUUUACAUACCAAACACAGAUCCCCCUCUCAUCCCUGCUCCUGCACCCCCUAUCCUUGCCUAACUCCCUCCCUUACCAACCCUUCAUCCCCUCCUCUAAAAAAGUAAGUCCUCCCAUGGUGGGACAGCUGGUACAUUCAGUAGAGGUAGAACCAAGCCCCUAACCCCCGCCUCAAGUGUGAGCAAGGUGCCCAACCAUAGGUAAUGUGAUUUAAAAAGCCAGCUCAUGCACUAGAGAUAUAUCCUGAUCACACUGCCAGGGGCCCCUCAAACAGACCCAGCUGCACAACUGUCUCCUAUAUGCAAGGGUCUAGUCUGGGCCCAUGCAGGCUCCACAGCUAUCAGUCUAAAGUUAUGCAAUGUGUUUUGUGGUUGGUUGAUUUCCUUCUCUUCUCUUCUCUUCUCUUCUCUCUUCUCUUCUCUUCUCUUCUCUUCUC